UUCUUACAAAUAAUGCAGAACAAAAUAUUUAUUAAUCGUACGAUUAUCCAAAGGCUAUCAAUGAAUGGAGGUGGCAUCGUUCAGAUGUUUCUUAUUACCUUUAUUCUUACGAAUCAUUAGUGAGUUAGCACCUUUUAAUGUAGAACUGCCAUUUUACAUUACACCCACCGCACUUGCAACGUUUUUUUUAAAUACGAGUAUUUGUUUUCUGAUGCGCAAACGAAUACACAUUUUGCCAUAUUGAAUAGCAAAUGGUGUUUCUAGACGCAAGAAACUAAACGAAUAAGAAAAGAAGAAGACGAGUUCCUAAAUAUAUACAUCCAACAGAUAUUUCUGCGAUGUACCGUUGCACUGGAUAGCUAAUUAAUUCAAAAGAUGAGAUUUCAGGUAUCAUCGUUUCAUCGGAUUUGUCCUUUUCGGUUGAUCGAUUGGUUAAUUCAUGGGGAUGAAAGUGUCAUAUAAUGAGAAUGUAAUGAGCAAAGACUUACCCACCCACCACAAAAGCAUCUAAUGUUAUUUGGAAACGAUCAGCGUUAUGUUUUAUGCUCAUCGAUGUGAUGAACUAGGUUAACCCGCUCUUAAGACGUCAAUAAAUCAAAACAGGAUCUAGAAGUUUUUAUGUUGUGUGCGUCCUUGAAAACAUAACUGUAUAGAUCUCAAAAAGAGGCUGAAGCUCGAAACGUGAGUGGAAAUAACUCUUUCUUGGAGAGGCCUACAACAUCUAAAUUCAAUAGAUCAUUUUUUGAAAUCUCCCUGUUUUCACAACGCCUGCGCAGUCUGCGCAUCUAGUGUUUUCUUCAACUUGAUUGUUUUUUUCUUCUUCUAUUUAUAACGCAUUUCCUCAAGUCUAGUAAAAACUCUCACAUAUCGUCGAAAAUCCUUAAACAUCUCAAACUUUUUAUGAAUUCUGAUACUAGCUUAACCCCAAAAAUAGACGAAUUGCUAUGUUUUUGCCUGUUGAUGGUUGUUUCUAGAAUAAUUACUUUACAUGUGCGUCAUACCAAUUUAUAAUGAUACAUAUUUUUUUACGCAGCACUUUUUUAGAACAACGUUAUCUUUCCGGGUGGACCUCGAGUUAGAAAUCUUUUUAACAAUAUUUUGAUAAAGGAUUUAACUUUUCAGUAUGGGAUAUGUGCGUUCGAUUAAACACGAUGAGAAGUUUCAUUUGCAGCGAACGGGGCAAAAUAAAUAUAAAACUACCACUUCACAAUGCCAACCUAGACCUUUUGGUAGUCAGCAUAUUUGCCCUCUUGUUGUAGUACUUCACAUAAUUAUUUGUUUUGACAUUUUCUUGGCAGGGGGCAUAUCAGUUAUCAACAACACCUUUCCUUUCUUCUUGGAACAGAUAGUUGUAAUAUAAUAUUUCCUUUAACAGUAAGUUUCAUAGUACAGUCUUGUUUUCAUUCUACCUUAUGCGCUUUUUAUUUAUCAGCGAUAUCACUAACCUACAUUUCGAUUGCGGGCUAGUCUAGUAAAUUUGUGAUUUGUUUUUUCGGAAACUUCGAGAAUUGUAAUUAUCGUUCUUAUGUUCUAUUAGAGUCGUGCAGCAUUCUGAGUCUGUUAAUGGGACCCAUAAAUCAGCACAAUAAAAACGAACUGGCAGUUCUGGUAUCGUAUUGGCAGCAGAUAUACUAAAUGAUAACUUGAGCUUACUUAAGCAACCACCCAUGCUUGACCCUCUGGAACGCAACUUGGAGUACUCACACAUUCCUUUACACUGUGAAAGAGAAAUCGUAUUGAGAGGAGUAAGAAAAUAAGAGUCAAUGGAUUCUAGAUAAUUUUUAAAGAGUUUCUUAUGAAAAACAUUUGCAGUCAUGGACUACAACAUACGACUUCAGCAAAUUCUCUGUUUCUCUAUAGUAGCGCUAGUUUGCAUUAGAGUUGUUAAUGCAGAUUGCUCUAGCGCUCCCUGUCAAAAUGGCGGAACUUGCACAGUUGUUUCCGGUGGGUACAGCUGCGCAUGUCUGCCAGGAUUUACCGGUAACGACUGUGAAAACGGACAAUAUUUUGAAUAUGAAAGACUAGGAUGCUAUAAAGAUGCGGCUCUCGCAGCCAUAGAUACCCUUGAGGGGCUAGACCCGAUUUUAGACGGCUCCCCAAGUGUUCGGACUCACGCCAUACGCAAAUGCGCCUUAGUCGCUGUAAACAGAGGCUACACAGUAUUCGCUGUACAGGACGGCGGAAAGUGUAUGUCUGCGGACGACGCGCAUUUGACCUACUUCAAGUACGGCACAUCAUCAUCAUGCGUGGAUGGCAAGGGUGGAGUCCUGGCCAACGAUGUCUACGUCCUGGGUGCGAAAUGUGGGAAUUUCAUCCAGAACGAUAUUAUGCGCAAGUCAUCAAACUUAUUCCAAGCCUCUUCGUUCAAGGAUGGCUUACGGGGUAUACCUGUUGUGGGUCAGAGUUUUGCUUGGUGUCCUACAAGUGGUGAUUCUAAUCCUUACCUGCAAAUCGAUGCUGGCAAAAAGAUAUAUCUUACGUCAGUCACGAUCCAAGGCAAGGUCGGAGGAUCAACCGACUCCUUCCCAUCACAAGUCUGCAUGCAGACAUUUGAGUCGGGGGCGUACAAGGAUGUCAAUAGAAAUUAUACUUCUAGCUUGUACAAAGCUGCGCCCCCAGCAUAUCUUGGUGGGACACCUGACACAGUAACCACGAUAGAGCUUGCAAGCUCUGUCAGUAGCCAAACGCUAAAGAUCUCGCCACGGGGAACCCUCGGCACUACCAGUACGGGCUUGUGCUUUCGCGUAGAAGCUUAUUCCUGCAGUAGUCCUAGCAAUUGUGUCCCACUAAUCAACGCCUCACCAACUCCUCUUACUGUAUCUGCAUUUUCGGCAAGCUCAACACUUUCUGGAUCAUUAACUACUCCACCAUUUUUGAACGGAGGUUCAGCCUGGUGUCCGAGAUUCCACAGAACGUGGGAAGAAUGGUUGCAAGUAGAUUUCGGUUCUGCCGUAAGCAUAUCUAAGGUAGCCAUCCAAGGGAAACCUUCCGCUACCGAGUGGCCGUUUGCUGUUGGGCUUGAAUCAGCGGCCGGAGUUAUUUCCCGACCUGCGUCAGUAUGUGAGCUGCUCCCACCCAUCCGCUUUGACACUGAGACAAAUUCAAACAGAUCGCGAGUGUUCUCCAACGCUGAGUUUUCUGGUGAUGCCGCGUUCAUCCAGUCCCAAAAUGCAAUAAGGCUCAUCCCUAAGGAGCCAUUCAGGCAGGCAGACGGUGGAGAGCUUUGCAUAAGAGCAGAGUUAACAGGCUGUUUAGCUACCGUAGCGGGCGGGGAGAACAUUACUUCAGGUUGCAUCAAAACAGUACACGGCAAAUGCUGCAUAUUCCCGUUCGUGUAUAACGCAACGUCACAAUACUCCGCCCCAAAGGUUGAUCACAACAAAGCUUGGUGUAGUACAACCGACAAUUACGAUCGCGAUGGUCUCUGGGACUCUGUCCCAGAUUCAUUCAAGCCUUGUGACAGCCGGCCUUGCGGUGACCACAGUUCCUCUUGUGAUCAAGAUACUGUAGCCUGGAUGUACACGUGCACUUGCACUGGGGAUUACUAUGGACCAAACUGUCGGCAAUUGAGAGACGUUGCAAAGCCUUGUACCACAAAUAUUUGCGAGAAUGGUGGAACAUGCGCUCAAUAUCUCGGUGGAGCUAACUGCACCUGCCCUGCUGGAUGGAACGGCACUCGGUGUGAGAUCGAUAUUAAUGAGUGCGCUGCUGUGGAUGCUUGCCCAUCCGGUCGAUCUUGUGCUAACUACCAUGGAGGAUUUAGUUGCAUCUGUCUGGAAGGGUUUUAUGGCAUUAACUGCACAAACAAAAACCCUGGAAUGCUGGAUUUUGUCAUUUUCAUGGACGCAUCCCAGGCCGUCGGCCUAAAAAAUUUCAAGAAAAAUCUCGACUUCGCCAAAUUGCUGAUAGACGGAUACGCGAUUGCACCAGAUAAAACACGUGUCGCAGUCGUUGUCUUCGCUUCCAAUUCAAAAAUAACGUUUCACUUUUCUGAAUCCUUUAACAAAACAAUAGUAAAAGAAGGACUCAGUAAUAGUGAAUUCCUCAACGGUUCAGACUCCAACCUUGGAUCAGCUUUAGAGUUAGCAAGGCUACAGAUUUUUAGCCUUGCACGGCCAGAUGCACACAAAUUCGGAGUCAUGAUCACUUCAAGAGCGUCGUCUGACAGCGCUUCUGUGCCCGCUUCGGGUGUUCGUGACUUAGGGGUGAACCUGGCUGCUGCUGGAGUCGGCGCCGGUGUUUCUCUUGUUGAAUUGAAAGACUUAACCGGCGUAGACUCGAAUGUUUUCACAACAACGACCUACGACGGGCUCAAUUCAUUGGUUGAAAGUAUUAGAAAUGCCGUUGGAAAUGCUCCCUUGAAAGUGGUGUGUAACGCUAAUGCAUGUAAAAACGGUGGUACCUGCAAUGUCUAUGGUGUCGGAUUCAACUGUACAUGUCCUAUCCAAUGGACUGGUGCUGACUGCAGUGUUGACGUCGAUGAGUGCGCAUCGAGUCCCUGCUUGGGAGGAAAGGUCUGUUCGAACUAUGAUGGAGGUUACCGAUGCAACUGCCCGCCUGGAUACUUUGGAGAAAACUGCGAUCAAACAAUCACCGAGAAGUUGGAUGUAGCAUUCAUAAUCGAGUCAUCUAGUCGUGUUGACUCCAGUAAUUUUAAAGAUGUUCUAGCCUUUGCUAAAACUGUUGCGAAAGGUUAUCCCAUCUCUUCCACCGAUACACGAUUUGCACUUAUCACAUACGCCUCAAAUACAAAUGUCCACCUAAACUUCACUGGGUCCUCCGAUCAAGCCGCUGUGCUGGCAGCUCUGGAUAGCUGCCCCUAUCUCGGAGAACCCAUACCAAAGAGAGGGAAUGCCCUUGAACACGCACGAACUGAAGUGUUCAAAGAUGCCCGUUCAGUAGCCACUAAAAUUGCCAUUGUAUUCACCUGGGGCAUGUCUAGUGAUGACGUGGAGGGGGCAGCAGCGAGGCUUCGGAGCGUGCCUGCCUACAUCUUCGGGUUUGGACUCGGUGAUAAGGUGUCACUUCCUGAACUACGCGUGAUGGCGUCAACUCCUGAUUCGCAGUUUAUAAUCGCAGAUAAGAACAUCAAUGUUCUGGGCUCUUAUGUGGAUCGCCUAAGAAACGGAAUCGGAGGAGUCACGAACCCAUGUAGCAGCAGUCCAUGUUUGAACGGUGGAAGUUGUGUAAAAACCUCGAACAGUUACAACUGCACUUGUCGAGCAGCAUACAAUGGAGACAGAUGUGAAAACGGAAUCUCGUACACAUACUCAAGAUUAGGAUGCUUCGCCGAUAACGCCACGCGUCUGAUCCAGAGCCUUGAAGGCAGUGACCCAGUAAUUCUGGAUGGCUCAUAUAGUACAAGAACUGAUGCGCUGCUUAAAUGCGCCCUCAAGGCUGUCAUGCUAGGACAUAGCGUGUUCGCAUUACAAGAUGGCGGAAUGUGUAUGUCAGACGCAACUGCGCACCAGAACUACUUCAAGUACGGUGUCUCAGGCAGUUGUACCAACGGCACAGGAGGAAAGGAUGCUAAUGAUGUUUAUCUUGUCGGAGCAAAAUACGGUCAGUUGAUGAAGGGCUCAAUCCUCCUCUCGCAUGCAUCGGUGCUCGGCUCAUCAUAUUACAACGGGUCACGUGGGUUCCCUUUUAUUGGUGAAAGCUAUUCAUGGUGCCCCAGUUCCAGCGACAAGGAUCCCUACUUGCAGAUAGAUUUUCCCCAGAAGAUUUACAUUACAUCGCUGUCCCUGCAAGGCCAGUCGGGACCUCCGGAGGCAUCUUACCCUGACAACGCAUGCGUUAAGUUUAUGAAGAAACCUGAUGAUACAGAGUAUACGGAGCUGACACGCUCAACGACUUCAUGCCUGUACACUGGUGCCCUUCCUCCUCAUCGCGGUGGUACAGCAGAUCAAAUCGCUAAGAUUGCUUUGCCAGAGCCCGUCCUCACGCGAUAUCUGCGGAUCAUACCCAAAGGACCUCUAGAUCCGGCUUCAGGAACGAGUGAUGGUCUGUGUCUCCGGGUCGAGGCUUAUUCUUGCACAGGAGGAAACUGUACUGCUCUUAUCAAGGGUGUCCUCACAACAGCUGCUUUUAGUGCAUCAACCAUCAGAGGUGGUUCCAUCUCUAGUCCCCCUGUUCUUGAUGGUGUGUACGCCUGGUGUCCAUUAGAAGCAAAGAACUUAGAAGAAUAUAUAGAAAUCGACUUUGGCAAGAAUGUGGACAUCUCUGUGGUAGACAUCCAGGGCAAAGCAAACGCCAGUGAAUGGCCCUACCGUGUAUGUCUCCAGAGCAAACCGGAUGGUGUGAACUUGGCGAACAUCUCAAACAGCCAGGAUCAGUGUGAUCUUCUACCGCCCUUAGAGGCCAACCACAACCCUGAUAUGAUUCGCACGGCAGACCUUUCUGAUGCGUAUAUCCUUGGAGCUCAGGCCUCUCUCGAGGCUACAAAGUCCAUCCGUAUAUAUCCUAAAGAGCCGAGUCGUGUGGGUCACGAGGGCCUCUGCAUGAGGAUCGGCAUUCAAGCUAUGCUUGCUUCAAAUGCUGGCGGUGAAAAGCUAAUCAACGGGUGUGUUAAAACAAUCAGUAGCAAAUGUUGUCAGUUCCCGUUUCGCUACAAGGGAAAUAUGCAUUACACUGCCACCAAAAUGGACCACAACCAACCAUGGUGUGCUACUACUGAUGACUUUGAUCGAGAUCAUUUAUGGGAUAACCUUCCAGUUUCAUUUGAACCAUGUGACAGUAAGCCAUGCGGGGCGGGCGCGACGUGCACGCACAAUCUCGUGGCCUGGAACUACACAUGCGCCUGCAAGCCUGGCUACUACGGAGACAACUGUGCAGAUAUUGACGAAUGCACGAAUAAGCCAUGUUUGAAUGGAGGAUCCUGUACAAACCUACAAGGCGACUACAGAUGCUCUUGUGUCAGCGGAUACUGCGGAAAAUACUGCCAAAGUAGAUGUAACAAUUACAAACUCAACCUCGUUUUUGCCAUCGAUGGCUCAUCGACCGUGAACCGCUUUGUCCCCGAGAACUUCAAUCUACUGAAGGACUUUGUGAAGCAAAUAGCUUCCAAGGUGUCUCUUUCCGCGGUGGAUGCACAUCUUGGACUUGUGGUUUACUCCGACUCGGCUGAGACUGAGAUAAACCUGGGGCAACACACAAACUAUGCGGAUUUUGCUGCUGCUACUGACGCUGCAGUCUACCCAGGAGCUGGAUCUAACACAGCCGCUGCAUUAAACAAAACACUGGAAAUGUUCCUGUCUGGUCGGCAAGACGUUCGCAACUUCAUGAUUCUCGUGACCGAUGGGAUGUUGCUAGAUGAUGCUCGGUACUAUGCUGAUCAGCUGCGGGUUAAAAAUGCAACCCUGCUCGCAUACGGCUUAGGUAGUAACCUCGACAAGGCGCGACUAGAGUACCUCUCAGCAACACCAGCUAAAGAUUAUACAUUCUACGAAAACUUCCCAAACGUUCUUAACCAGAUCGAGAUGAUCAAGCAGCGUAUUUUCAUGGCGUUUGACGGCUGCACGUCCGUUCCAUGUGGGAUCGGAGGAAACUGUACGUCUCUUGACAAUUAUGGACUUUAUAGUUGUCAAUGUUUGGCAGGAUAUACUGGCCAGCACUGUGAAUCAGAUGUAGAUGAAUGUCUUGUUCCCGGUGUUUGUUCAAGUCCAAAGGAAUGUAUCAACUCAAUCGAUGGUUACGGAUGUCUCUGUCCUGGAAUGAAGUUUAAUGCCAACUGUACUAGUGAGGGGAAAACGAACUUCGAUAUUGUCUUUCUGGUGGAUGGUUCAGCCUACGUUAGAGAAUACAACUUCAAGUUAAUGCUGGACUUCAUAAAACGGUCAUUUGGUCAGUACGGUGUUUCUUUAGACGGAAACCAUGUGGCUGUUGUGACUUAUGCCAAAACAGCAAGUGUCGCUUUCCAACUGAAUUCACACUACACACAAGCUGCCAUCGAGACUGCAAUUGAUGCCAUUACUUACCCGAACGAGAAGGAGUCACUGAUGGGGAAAGGUCUUGCUGCUGUGAACAGCGUUUUCAAGACUUCCGGUCGCGCCGGAAUUCCUCAACUUCUCGUGAAACUAGUAAGGUCAACCUCUCUGGAUGACUUCAAGCCGGAGUCGGAAAAGCUCGAAGCUAAAGGGGUCAAGAAGUUUGCAGUAGGCAUGGGCGAUGGAUACAAUCUUGAAGAUCUCAAGGCUUUUGUUACUUUACCGGAAGAGGACCAUCUGCUGUCGCAUCCAUUCAGAAAUUUGAUCAAUUUUGUCGAUACGCUGAAAGAGAAAUUGGCUCUAGAGUCUGAUUCCUGUACCAAGCAGCCUUGUAAGAAUGGAGCAACUUGCACAAGUCAACCAGAUGGCGGAUACAAGUGCACUUGUACCUCGCGCUAUAAAGACGAGAACUGCACAACAUUGCGUACCGCAUGUACUGAUGAUAAACCAUGUAUCAAGGGCGCGUGCAACAUGACUGACAUUAUACUGAACACGUACAUAUGCACCUGCUUCCCUGGAUACACCGGAGUCAAAUGCAGUAUAGAUAUCAACGAGUGUGCCAACAGUAGUGCAUGUCCUGCUGAUAGAGUGUGUAUCAACUAUAGCGGAGGGUACCUUUGUGGGUGUCCUGCUGGUUUUUACGGUCCCAACUGCACUAAAGAAAACCCUCCGAUGCUUGAUUUAGCAUUUCUGAUUGACUCAUCGAAAGCUGUUGGAUUAGACAACUUCAAGCGCAGUCUCACCUACGCCAAACAGCUAGUCGAAGGAUACAACAUCGGACCUAACACGACCCGCGUUACUAUUGCCGUUUACGCCAGUACCAUAAGUAUUCGGCAUUCAUUCUUGUCAACUCAAACUCUUCCAGUUAUACAAAGCCGUAUCGAUACAUCUCCGUUUCUCAACCAGGAUGCCGCAAAUAUUGGUUCUGUGUUGAACACAGCAAAGACAAACCAAAAUCUAUUCUACAACGCACGCCCUGAUGCCAAGAAAGUUGCGAUCCUAGUUAGCGGUCGCAACUCCACAGAUAACUUUGCCUCACAAGCUGUGAGUCUGCGUGACUUUGGUGUCAAUAUAUUGAGUAUCGGUGCAGGAGAUGCCUACUCUCUUGAUGAACUGCGUACUAUUAGCAACAAUGACACUCACGUGUUCACUGUCCCGGAGCACGAGAAGCUGCUCUCACUUUACAACAACUUCACUACAUUGAUCGGAGAAGCACCCCUUGUCGUGGUAUGUGUCCCUCCAGUCUGUAAGAAUGGGGGUACUUGUAAUGCCUAUCCAACUGCAUAUAACUGCUCUUGUACACCUUUCUGGCAAGGAAGACACUGUACAAUAGAUGUUGACGAAUGUCUAUCCAAUACAACGUGCAUCGAUGGCAAACUGUGUGUUAACUUUGAAGGAGGGUUUCACUGUAAUUGCCCACCUGGCUUUUAUGGAGCUGACUGCACAGAAGAAAUCGCCAAAGUGGACGUCGGGUUCAUCAUUGAGUCUUCAAGAACCGUAGGCCUGGACAACUUCAAAACCGUGUCAACCUUUGUCAAGGAUAUUGUUAAGGGCUACGUUAUCUCUCAAAACGAUAGCCGCUUUGGUAUAAUAAUCGUGUCAUCUACCUUGAAAAUGCAGCUAAGGCUGACCGAGUCUUACAAUCAAACAGUCGUCUUUAACGCUAUCGACACUUCUCCGUUCUUCGAUGAGUCAGUCGUAAAAAUCGGUUCUGCCGUCAAGCUUGCCCGCUCAGAGGUCUUCAAAGAUGCAAGACCCGAUGCCACCAAAGUACUGAUUCCUAUUAUUUGGAGCAAGUCUGCUGAUGAUUUUGAAGGCGCGGCUUACGAGCUCAAGAAUUCUUCAGUGUUUAUAAUCGCUCUCGCUCUCUCGAACGGUGUUGACGCGAUCGAACUCAGAACGCUCCCGUCUUCUCCGUCAUCAGAUUACGUUAUCAAGGAAACAAGUAUGGUUAUGCUUGGAAGAAAAGUAAGAGAUGUCAGGCAGGCGAUAGCUGACGCUGGCACACCUUGCUCAAGCAACCCUUGUCAAAAUGGCGGAACAUGUACAGAGGCUGCUGCUGGUCGAUAUUCGUGUGCUUGUCCUGUUAGAUUUUCGGGAGAACACUGUGAAAAUGGUGUUACGUUUGAGUACAAAAGAUUAGGAUGCUUCGCCGAUAACGCCACGCGUCUGAUCCAGAGCCUUGAAGGCAGCGACCCACUAAUCCUGGAUGGCUCAUAUAGUACAAGAACUGAUGCGCUGCUUAAAUGCGCCCUCAAGGCUGUCAUGCUAGGACAUAGCGUGUUCGCAUUACAAGAUGGCGGAAUGUGUAUGUCAGACGCAACUGCGCACCAGAACUACUUCAAGUACGGUGUCUCAGGCAGUUGUACCAACGGCACAGGAGGAAAGGAUGCUAAUGAUGUUUAUCUUGUCGGAGCUAAUUACGGUGAUCUGCUCAGUAACGGGCUCAUGCAUAUGACCCCUGAGUGGUUCUCUGGGUCCUCUUACGUGGAUGCAUCUAGAGGUCUUCCUCAACUUAGUGGUGGCUACGCCUGGUGUCCUAGCACAAGUGACAAAGAUCCCUUUCUCAAGAUAGAUUUCCGUAAUAAGGUCUACAUGACCAGCCUAUCAAUCCAGGGUAAAAGCGGAGCAACAUCAGAUCCCUAUCCAGACAACGUUUGCGUCAGUUACCUAUCCGGUGCUAGUGAUACGUACACUCAGAUCAACAGGACCGACACAUCUUGCCUUUAUACUGGCUCCCUUCCUCCCCACCGUGGUGGAACUGCAGACCAAAUCGCUAAGAUUGAGCUUCCAGAGCCCGUCUCCACGCGAUAUCUGCGAAUUGUACCAAAAGGACCGCUAGACCCGGCUUCAGGAACGAGUGAUGGUCUGUGUCUCCGGGUAGAGGCUUAUGCUUGUCCAGGAGGAGUAUGUACUGCACUCGUGAAUGGAACCCUCACUGGGAGCGCAUUUACUGCGUCAAGUAACAGAGACGGGUCCUUCCCAAGCCCUCCAGUUAUCGGUGGCUCAUAUGCCUGGUGUCCAUCGGCUGCCACAGGCUGGAACGAAUACCUGGAGAUCGAUUUCGGUUCGGACAAGAGUAUAUCUGUCAUCGAUAUUCAAGGGAAAUCUGGCUCCAGCGAAUGGCCUUACGCUGUUUGCCUCCAAAAAGCGUCUGCCGCUGAUAUACUGCAUACUAAAUCCGAAUGUAACCUUUUCUCCCUGUUCGAAGGAGGUGGAUCUCCACUUAAAAUCCGCAAAGCGACAUUUGCAUCGUCGCAGUUUGACGGGAAUAAAGGUCUCUACGAGAGCUUGCAGUCUAUUCAGAUCCGCCCAAGGCACCCAGCGCGUCUUGGUCCAGGUGGACUAUGCAUCAGAGCAGAAAUAGAAGGUCUUGUUGCCACAAUCAAAGGAGGAGAAAAGAUAUUCCCCGGUUGUAUUAAGACGGAGCGGAAUAAAUGCUGCAAGUUCCCGUUUCGCUACAAGGGGAAUUUGCAUUACACUGCCACAAAACUGGACCACAACAAGCCAUGGUGUGCUACUACUGAUGACUUUGAUCGAGAUCGUUUGUGGGAUAACAUGAAAGUCGACUUCAAGCCAUGCGAUGCUAGUCCAUGUAGGGGUAAUGGUGCGUGUAGCCAGGUCACCCCAGCAUUUACGUACACUUGUUACUGUGCAAACAAGGGCUUUUAUAGCGACAAGUGUAUAGACUUUGAUGAGUGCCUCAACAAGCCAUGUCUGAAUGGUGGGUCGUGCUUCAACAUGGACGGCGAGUACAGAUGCAAAUGUGCGAAAGGCUUCUGUGGCAAGAACUGCAAUUCAAAAUGUGAUAUCUAUAACAUCAACCUCGUGUUCGUGAUCGAUGGCUCUAACAGUGUUGUUCAACUCGGAGAAGACACUUUCCUCUUGAUCAAAGACUUUGUGAAAGGAAUAGCAUCAUCAUUUACCGUCUCGCCCGCCGACACACACCUGGGACUUCUUAUCUACGCAGACAGUCCCAAUAUUGAAGCUGGUUUGGGCGAGCACUCUUCGUACCAAGGCUUUGCUAAUGCUACUGAUAAAGCAAUCUUCCCUGGCGGAGGAACGGAUACUGCUGCUGCUCUAAACGCUACCUUAGCCAUGUUUGAUGCUGGAAGGAAGGGUGUGAAAGAUUUUGUAGUGCUAGUUACAGACGGAGGAUUGUACAACGACGCCCAGUCAUUCGCUGAUCAGCUGCGUGCAAAUGACGUUUACGUGAUUGCCUAUGGCAUGGGAAGUAACAUCGACGAUGGCCGCUUAAGUAAUCUGGCCUCCCAUGCUUUCUUUGGGGAGUACUCCACCAUUCUCUAUCAGUCAGAGAUGAUCAAAGAAAAAAUAUAUAGUACAUUUUAUGGCUGUUACAACAAUCCAUGCGGAAUUGCCGGGAACUGCUCCAGCUCAGGACUCAGCUACACUUGCAGCUGUGCCCUUAUAAGAACCGGAAGUAAAUGCGAAAAAGAUAUAAAUGAGUGUUUGACUCCCUCCAUCUGCCCAAGCACGUCUCCUUGCAUCAAUUCUAUUAAUGGAUAUGACUGUGUCUGUCCUGAUAUGAAAUUUGACUUUCCCUCUUGUACCAGAGACUGCUUGUCUCAUUUCGACAUCAUGUUCUUAUUGGACAGCUCCAUGUUUGUUGGAAAAGACAACUUCGAUCUGAUGGUGGACUUCGUUAAGAGAUUUGUGGAUGCAUUUCCAUUUGCAUUUGAAAAAAAUCACUUUGGCUUGAUUGUAUUUGGUGAGACUACACAAAAAGUGCGUUUCUUCAACUCUUUUGAUGUCGGUACCAUCAAAUACUAUAUCGAUCAGACCCAAUAUCUAGGACAGCGACAAACUCUUUUACAAAAAGGUUUAUCGGAGGUGAAAUCUGUUUUCCAAACGUAUGGCAGGACUUCAUUCCCCCGUAUUCUUUUCACAAUGUUGAGCUCGCACGCACUUGACGAUUUCGCCACUGUGGCUGCUGACCUGAGAAAAUCAGGCGUUAUGGUUUAUGCGGUUGGUGUCGAGAAGGGCUAUAACUCUGCCCAGCUGAGUGAGAUAGCUAACAAUCCGGACAGCAAAUACGUCCUGAAUACCACCUUCAGAGAUAUGUCCAAGUUCCUCAACACAAUGAAGAACAAAAUAUGCUUGGGAUUUAGCAAAUGCGUCCUGAAGCCUUGUCAGAAUGGCGGUACUUGUAACCCUCUUGAUAACACCGAAUACAACUGCACAUGUACCCCUAGAUAUCGCGGAUUCAACUGCACCAUACUUCGAACCGUAUGUACAGACGUUCAACCUUGCGACAAAGGCAACUGCAGUAUGAUUUCUAUACCAGAUGGCACUUACAAAUGCACUUGCAUCCCUGGUUAUAAGGGCGUCAACUGUACUGAGGACGUUGACGAGUGCCUUCAGACUGCCAUCUGCAAGAACGGGGGUACUUGCAUUAAUAGUAUUGGAAGCUAUUCCUGCAGCUGCUCAAAAAAUUUUACUGGAUACAACUGUGAAAUAGCGUGCAAAACACAGAUUUUAGAUUUGGCCUUCCUCGUCGAUGGAUCUGGUAACAUUGGAGAUGUAGAGAAAUCCAAAUUCGAUCAGCUGAAAGAUUUUGUUAGCACUCUGGCUAAAACUUUUAUCGUAUCUGAAAACGACGCGCACAUUGGUGUUGUGUUAUACUCCAACAAAUCUGAAAUAGUUCACCAGUUCAACCAAUCGUACACUCCCGCCGCUGUGGAAACAGCCAUUCAGGGUAUGGUUUAUCCUGGCUUUCCUGCAUACACUGGACAGGCUUUACAACUGGUACGCAAUGGGCUAUAUAAAGCGCCGAGUGCUAGGACAAAUGUUGUCAAGGUUCUUGUAGUGUUGACGUCGUCGACAUCGCUUGACAAUGUAACAAUCCCAGCGCAGCUUUUGCGGGAUGAUGAUGUCAUGAUUGUCGUGUUGGGAAUCGGUGAAAACAACGACUUGACGCAGCUAAAAGCUAUCGCUACCGAUCCAGACAGUUCGCACUUAAUUAUGACGACGGAACUUGGGAAUGCGACUACUCUGCAGAGGCUUUUACGGGAAAAAGUUUGUGAAGCGUCCGACAUGUGCGCCGUUUUCCCGUGUCUUCAUGGUGCUACUUGUAGCAGUGAUCUCAAGACAUAUACUUGUACUUGUACUCACUUCUGGAAGGGGACAAACUGCAGCAUAGAUGUGGAUGAAUGCUUCAAUGACCCUUGUACAAACGGUGGAGCCUGUAUAAACCUCCCAGGAGAUUAUGAGUGUGACUGCCCCAAUAAAUACACUGGAAAGAACUGUGAGAAAAGAACUCCUGAACGCCCCUUUGACUUGGUUCUUUUGCUAGAGGGCACUAAGAAAGUCACGAGCGAUGGAUUUACUAAGUUAAAGGCGUUCGCUGCUAAGGUUGUGGAUGCAUUUACUAUUGGUCCUUCAAAUACCCUAGUCGCAAUGGGUGUUUACGGAGAAACUGCAAUAGUAGUGUUCAACCUUGGAGACUUCACUGAUAAAAGUAAAACAAAGCAGAAAAUCAAAGACGCUGCAUAUCCAAAUGAAGACGCUAAUAACGUUGGAGAGGCUCUAAAGCUGGUCAAUCAGACCAUCCUAACCAAGAGCAGGCCCGACUCCCCUAACGUGGUGGUUGUAUUGACAAGCGAGGUGUCUAAUGACAAUGUUUCUGGUCCGGCUGGAGACUUAAAGGACAGCGGUGCUAUUAUUGUCGCCGUUGGAUACAACGAUAAGAAUAACGUGCCACAGCUUGGAGAAAUCACAGGCAAACCCGAGCUUGUUUUUAUCAAGGGCAUUGAUGACCUCAGCGGGUUCGCGCACGCUUUGUCAGGAGAGCUCAGUGCUGUUGUUGAUAAGUGCACAAGCUUUCCUUGUCAGAAUAGUGGAAAGUGUACCCCUACCGACUCCGAUUAUUACUGCACGUGCACUAGCGGAUUCAAUGGCACCAACUGUGAGAAGGACAUCGAUGAGUGUGCUACAGGAAACCCAUGCACAGGGGUUGCCAAUGUAUGCCACAACACGUAUGGCAGCUAUGAGUGCAUGUGUGAAACAGAAAUGUAUGGCCCUUACUGCAAUUACACCUGCGAAUCGUCAAUCGAUGUAGUGUUUGCCCUGGAUGGUACAAGCUUUACCAAACCGAUUGAAUUCUACCAAACAAUACAAUAUGUCAGAGCUACAGUCAAUUCCCUCAAUGUGUCAAGUGAUGGGACUUACGUCGGUGUUACGGUCUACGCAAAAAUCGGAGAACGUAUUAUUGACCUGAAGCAGUACUAUGAUAAGGCAACCCUUCUCUCGGCCAUUGAAAAUAUUGCGCAGCCUAAUUUGAACGUGAGAAAUCUCAACCAAGGUCUGAACAACACAAAAUUCCAACAGUUUGGACAAUCUGGCCGUUUAACUAAACAAAUACUGCUAGUGCUUAAUGGCGGGAAAGCUGCGGAUGAUCCUUCAGAAUCGGCUUGGUAUCUGCGAAAGGAACAAGUGGAGAUUUUCACUGUUGGUUUGGGAGAUCAGAAUUCGAGGGCUCAACUUCUUGAGAUUGCUUCGCAGCCAGUAGAUAAUCAUGUCUUCAUUAUGCCUUACAGCAAACUCGCCUCUUUUGUGAAGCGGACCAAAUUAGAAAUAUGCCAGGUUGCUGACCAGUGCUCUAGUUAUCCUUGUAAAAAUGGAGGCUCCUGCGCGAAUUCCGGAUCAUCAUAUAUCUGUACCUGUACUAGCGAGUUUACCGGAAAAAACUGCGAGAUUGUAAGAGACGCAUGUAAUCCAACGCCGUGUGGUAAUGGUGCUACGUGUAACAUCCUCAGUGCUGUAAACUAUACAUGCAUCUGUGCAGUCGGCUACACUGGGAAAAACUGUACACAGAAUGUGAACGAGUGUGAUGACCCAGCGCGUUGUCAAAACGGUGGUACAUGCCAGGAUCUGCAUGGUAGCUACAACUGCAAGUGCUCGCCAUUACAUGCCGGCCGUGACUGCCAGUGGGGCUGUCUUGAUCAAAAAGCGAAUAUUGCGUUUGUUGUGGAUGGCUCUUCAAGUAUAGAACGAGCUGGAGCAGGCAACUACGAGAGAAUUAAAACAUUCAUCAAGAGUGUCGUAUCGGCUUUGCGUGUUGGCCCGGACAACGUCCAUGUAGGAUUGGUGAAGUAUUCUACAUUCUCAGAUGUUGCGUUUCCGAUCGCUUCUCGGACCCAAAAUGAAACUCUAGAUGCUAUUGAUUUGAUUGCGUAUCGCGGAGGCUGGACAUAUACCGGCGAGGCGGUCGACUUGGCGCGAACUGAUCUCUUUGGUAGCGCCCCGAGGAAAGACGUUUUUAACGUACUCGUUGUUCUGACGGACGGCCAAGCACAGGAUUCUGUGGGACCACCUGCUCAGAGAGUCCGCGAUAGUGGCGUAUCUCUGUACUCCAUUGGUGUUGGAUGUUGUUAUUCACAAGGAGAGCUCAUAGAGAUGGCUGGUAGCUCGUCAAAUGUCUUCACGGCGAGCUUUGAAAAGCUUGGCGAAGUCGUCCAGGCUAUACGUGACAGGAUAUGUUUAGCCAUGAACUCCUGUUCUCUUGGACAUUGCAAGAACGGCGCAUCCUGUAUUAGUAUUAUUCCUGACCAGUAUAACUGCACAUGUACUGACAACUUCAAGGGACCUAAUUGCACUGAGGAUGUUAAUGAGUGUGAUGCCUCCCCGGGACCAUGCGUGCAUGGUGAAUGCUCCAACAACUACGGCUCGUUCAAGUGCAUUUGCGACAAAGGCUACAAGGGCGAGCUCUGUGAAAUAGAAAUCAAUGAGUGUCUUUACGUUCCCUGCAAGCAAAAGGCUGUAUGUACCAAUGUGCCUGGAGACUACUAUUGCGACUGCACCUUUCCCUUCAUCGGGAAGAAGUGCGAACAAGUAUUUACCGACCCGCCAAUUGAUAUACUGUUCCUGUUGGACGGAUCGAGUGAGGUCGGAUCUGAAAACUUCACCAAGUUCAUCAACUUUGCACAGAAGUUUGUUGACCCCUUCACGAUAGCUCCAAAUAAGACAAAUGUUGCCGCGGGAGUGUUCUCUGACGUAGGGAAAAUAAUAUUUGGAUUCAAAGAGCACCUUGAUAAUGUCAGCGUAGCCAACGCCAUUGGAAGUAUCGUUUAUCCAAACAAAAACGCACGCGAUAUCAAAGACGCCUUGGUCAAGGCACAAGACGAAGCACUAACAACAGAUAGGGAUUCUGCACCGGACACCAUCAUUAUUUUGACUGAUAAGAUUUCCGAAAACAUAUCAGUACCUGCUCAGGCUCUGAAGUCAGAUGGAGUCAAGGUUUUUGUGAUUGCAAUUGGAGAAAAUAGGAAAGUGCCUAUACUGAGGGAGGUACCAUCUGAGGAUAUUGAGGAUCAUCUUUUCACUCCAAGAAACUUCGAUAAUUUAAAGCCGCUACUACCUGAAGUACUUGGAAGUGUUAUUGCGGAUUACGAUCCAUGUUCGAAGAGUCCGUGCCUUAACGGUGGAACAUGCACAAUAGUAGGCGAGGACUACAACUGCACCUGUCGUCCAGGACUUAUUGGAAAACAGUGCGAGAUAGAUAUCGACGAGUGUAAAAACUCCAGUACUUGUGACUCUGGGAAAGUCUGCAUUAAUACAUACGGCAGCCAUGCGUGUGUCUGCAACGGCGACAAAUACGGUCCACACUGCAAUUAUACCUGCAAGUCUGAUAUCGAUCUGGUAUUUGCCAUCGACGGAUCAUCUUUUGUAUCUCUCAACAACUUCCGAAAGACUAUGGACUACGUAAGAGCAGUGUCACAGUCGCUUAAGAUUGCUGACAAUGCAACGCACGUUGGGGUCACGGUCUACUCAAAGGAUGGGCAAAACGUAAUCGAUCUCAAAAAACAUUACAACAAAGAUGACCUGAUCUCUUCCAUUGAAAACAUAUCAUAUCCUAAUCUUAGUUACCGGAACCUUGGUAAAGCUCUUGCGUCAAUCAAAACUGAUGUGUUUGCGAAUUCUGGUCGUGUCUCUACCCAAAUACUGAUGGUACUAAAUGGUGGAAAGUCAGAAGAUGAUCCAUCUGAUCCUGCCUUUAUGCUACACCAAAUUAAUGUUGUUGUAUUCGCGUAUGGUCUUGGCGAGAAUGAUGCCUCGGGCCAAAUGAAAGCCAUCGCUACAGAUCCAGAUAGCAAGCACAUGUUUACUAUGGGUUAUGAUCAACUGGCGUUUCUUGUGAAGCAAACUAAAAUGGAGUUGUGUCAAGUUGCGGAUCAGUGUUCUAGUUAUCCUUGCAAAAACGGCGGUACUUGCACAAACUCAGGACAGAGCUACACCUGCAAUUGCACAAGUGAUUAUAUCGGAGAACAUUGCGAAGAAAAAAUUGAUCCAUGCAAUCCAACCCCUUGUCAAAAUGGUGGAACUUGUGCGUCGCCUUCGUCAUCAAACUAUACUUGCACGUGUGCUCCUGGUUACACGGGAGAAAACUGCACAAACAAUGUGAACGAGUGUAAUGAUCCAGACCUUUGUAAGAAUGGAGGGGUAUGUAAAGAUUCCUUUGGCAGCUAUUCCUGUAAUUGCUCAUCGGCAUAUUCUGGAAAACACUGCGAGUUUGGCUGUAAUAUUAAGAAAGUCAACCUUGCCUUCGUCGUUGAUGCAUCAACAAGUGUAAAUCAGGAUGACCCAGGAAACUACCAAAGAAUGAAGAACCUGGUCAACAAUGUGAUUUCCACUUACAAGAUAUCUGAAAACGAUAUCAGUGUGGCAGUUCUUGUCUUUUCUAACACCUUCAAAGUGGAGAUUCGAUUUGGCGACUACUCCAGCCUUUCCCGUGUCAGCAGCGCCAUUGAUUCCUUGACCUACCUCAAUGGUUCGACCUACACUGGCGCAGCGCUGGACAAAGCAAAAACAGAAUUAUUUGAUAUGGCACCAAGAAGAAAUGUAUCAAAUUGUUUGGUGUUACUCACAGACGGUCAGUCCCAAGACCUCGUCUUCACUGCAGCUAAGCGACUUCGUGAUGCUGGUGUAACAAUAGUCAGCGUUGGUGUGGGCUGUUGUUACUCAAAGUCAGAGCUAGAGGAUAUAGCAUCUGGAUCUGACUAUGUGUUUACGUCAACGUUUGGUGACCUGGAAGCUAAUGCCUACAAAAUAAGAGAGCGAAUCUGCACAUCUGUCGAUAAAUGCGCGAAGGACCCUUGCAAGAAUGGAGCUACGUGUCAUAACGGUCCACGGGAUUUUACCUGUACUUGCGUAAAUGGCUUUACAGGAAAAGACUGUUCACAAGAUGUAAACGAGUGUGAGUCUACACCGUGUAACGAGAACCAGAACUGUAUCAACGCAUUCGGAUCAUUCUCAUGUGUUUGUAAAGAUGGUUUCAAAGACGUUGCAUGUCAGAUAGAUAUCGACGAGUGUCUAAACUUGCCAUGCAAACACGGAGGCACAUGCAACAACAAAGGCGGGUCCUACUCUUGUGAAUGCUCAACUGGUUAUGUCGGCAAAAAUUGUAAACAAAAUUUCACCGAUCCUACACUGGACGUUUUGUUUCUGUUGGAUGGCGCAAGUGAGGUCGGAGCUGACACUUUCUUAAAAUUCAUUAACUUCACCAAAAAGUUUAUCGAGCCAUUCACGAUUUCGGAAAACAAAACAAACGUUGCAGCGGGUGUGUUUGCCGAUGUUGGCAAGAUAGAGUUCCUGUUCACAGAGAAUUACGAUAAACCAUCGGUGUUGGCUGCUCUAGAUGGCAUUGCUUAUCCCAACAAGAAUGCUAGAAAUCUGUCUGACGCAAUGAUAAAGGCUAAGGAUGAGGCAUUCACGAAAGAUCGUGAUUCUGCACCGGAUAUUGUGGUCAUUCUGACGGACAAAAUAACAGAAAACGUGACGUUCCCCGCCAAAGCGCUGAAGGAUGAUGGAGUCAGAGUGUUUGUUAUAGCUAUAGGCGAAGACAAGAACGAUCCAUUACUGAGAGACAUACCAUCUGACCCGAAGGAAGAUCACCUGUUUACUCCUUUAAUUGAAGACCUUGAGCCGAUGCUGCCAGAGAUCCUUGGUGAAGUUCUUGCAGAUAUUGAACCUUGUACGAAAAAUCCUUGUCAAAAUGGAGGAACGUGCAUCCCCUCCGGACCUAGUGUCUACACUUGUACUUGUACCCCUGGUGUAACCGGCGCUAAUUGUGAAACCGAUGUCGACGAAUGCAGUAAUUCCAGUCUGUGUGGAGCCGAUAGAAUGUGUGUCAACACUUAUGGGAGCUUCCUUUGUCUUUGUACAGAAGAUAAAUACGGGCCACACUGCAAUUACACCUGCGAGUCUGGCAUUGAUUUGGUAUUUGCUGUUGACGGAUCUACUUUUGUUGGAUCGAGCAAUUUCCGCAAAUCGUUGGAAUACGCAAGAGCUGUGACUAGUUCCCUUAAUAUUUCUGAAUCUGCAACUCACGUUGGUGUCACAGUCUAUGGGAAGGUUGGACAAGCGGCGGUCUCCCUCAAGCAGUAUUAUGACAAAAGUAGUCUAACAAAAGCCAUCUCCAACGUAUCCUAUCCUAACGGGUUUGCAAGACAUCUUGGAGAGGGCUUGAAUCGUUCGAAAACGCACCAGUUUGACGUGUCAGGCCGUUCUACUAAGCAAGUCCUGAUAGUGUUGAUUGGUGGGAAGUCAGAUGACGAUCCGACAGUUGCUGCCUACGAGCUCUUGAAUUCUGGCACUGAAGUGUUUGUUCUAGGAUUGGGAAGCACCAACUCCUUAUCACAAUUAAAUCAAGUUGCAUCUGACCCGGACAGUAAGCACGUUAUUCUUAAGGAAUACGAGGGUCUUGCCGCCUAUGUAAGACAAACAAAGAUGGAAGUUUGCCAGGUUGCGAAUCAGUGUUCCAGUAAUCCAUGUCAGAACAAUGCGGAGUGCAAACACGCUGGAUCAACAUUCACCUGCUCUUGCACGGCUGGAUUUACAGGAGAUCUAUGUGACAAGGAAGUAGAUCCAUGCAACCCAACUCCAUGUCAGAACGGAGGGACUUGUAGUUUGACUUCUAACGGAACGGACUACUCGUGUACCUGUGCACCGAGUUUUACUGGAAAGAACUGUACAACUGACAUCGAUGAAUGUUCCGACCCGAAAUUAUGCAAAAACGGUGGUUUGUGCCAGAAUAAAGAAGGGGGAUACACGUGCAAUUGCACCUCCUCCUUCUCAGGAAAGAAUUGCGAAUUUGCUUGUAGCUACCAGAAAGUGAACCUCGCAUUUGUCGUCGAUGGAUCAGCUAGUGUUGAAUUACAGGGAGCUGGUAACUUCGGCAAGCUGAAAGAGUUUGUCAAGAGACUCGUUGGCUCAUUCAAGAUAAGCACCGACGAUGCACACAUUGCGCUAGUGAUGUACUCAACAACCGCCAAGGCAGAGUUUACUUUAAACAAGUUCUCCAGCGUUUCAGAUGUGCUUGCGGCGAUAGAUGCGUUGACAUACCCAUCAGGGUCUUCUUAUACUGGCAAAGCGCUUGAGAUGACCAAGACUGAGAUCUUUGACAAAGCCCCAAGGAAAGAUGCACUGAAUACUGUGAUUGUGAUAACUGAUGGUGAAUCGCAAGACUCAGUGUCAAGUACAGCUAAAGUUUUACGCGAUUCUGGUGUAACGGUUAUAAGUGUCGGUGUGGGCUGCUGUUCGCCUAAGAAAACACUUGAAGAAAUGGCGUCUAGUCCAGAAUAUGUGUUUACAAGUGCGUUUGAUGAUCUAGCUUUGAUUGAAGAGAACAUCAGGGAGAAGAUAUGUUUGGUUGUUGACAAGUGUGCUACCAAUCCUUGCAAGAACAGUGGGACUUGUACUAGCGUCUACUCAGACUUCAAUUGUACUUGUUCGAGUGGCUUUCAAGGGAAAGACUGCUCUCUUGAUGUAGAUGAAUGUAAAUCUUCACCAUGCAACAAAAACCAGAACUGCAUCAACUCGUUCGGAUCAUUCACCUGUGUCUGUAAAGACGGCUUCAAAGGAGACAACUGCGAAACAGAUAUCGACGAGUGUCUAAACUUGCCUUGCAAACACGGAGGCACAUGCAACAACAAAGGCGGGUCCUACUCCUGUGAAUGCUCAACUGGUUAUGUCGGCAAAAAUUGUAAACAAAAUUUCACCGAUCCUACACUGGACGUUUUGUUUCUGUUGGAUGGCGCAAGUGAGGUCGGAGCUGACACUUUCUUAAAAUUCAUUAACUUCACCAAAAAGUUUAUCGAGCCAUUCACGAUUUCGGAAAACAAAACAAACGUUGCAGCGGGUGUGUUUGCCGAUGUUGGCAAGAUAGAGUUCCUGUUCACAGAGAAUUACGAUAAACCAUCGGUGUUGGCUGCUCUAGAUGGCAUUGCUUAUCCCAACAAGAAUGCUAGAAAUCUGUCUGACGCAAUGAUAAAGGCUAAGGAUGAGGCAUUCACGAAAGAUCGUGAUUCUGCACCGGAUAUUGUGGUCAUUCUGACGGACAAAAUAACAGAAAACGUGACGUUCCCCGCCAAAGCGCUGAAGGAUGAUGGAGUCAGAGUGUUUGUUAUAGCUAUAGGCGAAGACAAGAACGAUCCAUUACUGAGAGACAUACCAUCUGACCCGAAGGAAGAUCACCUGUUUACUCCUUUAAUUGAAGACCUUGAGCCGAUGCUGCCAGAGAUCCUUGGUGAAGUUCUUGCAGAUAUUGAACCUUGUACGAAAAAUCCUUGUCAAAAUGGAGGAACGUGCAUCCCCUCCGGACCUAGUGUCUACACUUGUACUUGUACCCCUGGUGUAACCGGCGCUAAUUGUGAAACCGAUGUCGACGAAUGCAGUAAUUCCAGUCUGUGUGGAGCCGAUAGAAUGUGUGUCAACACUUAUGGGAGCUUCCUUUGUCUUUGUACAGAAGAUAAAUACGGGCCACACUGCAAUUACACCUGCGAGUCUGGCAUUGAUUUGGUAUUUGCUGUUGACGGAUCUACUUUUGUUGGAUCGAGCAAUUUCCGCAAAUCGUUGGAAUACGCAAGAGCUGUGACUAGUUCCCUGAAUAUUUCUGAAUCUGCAACUCACGUUGGUGUCACAGUCUAUGGGAAGGUUGGACAAGCGGCGGUCUCCCUCAAGCAGUAUUAUGACAAAAGUAGUCUAACAAAAGCCAUCUCCAACGUAUCCUAUCCUAACGGGUUUGCAAGACAUCUUGGAGAGGGCUUGAAUCGUUCGAAAACGCACCAGUUUGACGUGUCAGGCCGUUCUACUAAGCAAGUCCUGAUAGUGUUGAUUGGUGGGAAGUCAGAUGACGAUCCAACAGUUGCUGCCUACGAGCUCUUGAAUUCUGGCACUGAAGUGUUUGUUCUAGGAUUGGGAAGCACCAACUCCUUAUCACAAUUAAAUCAAGUUGCAUCUGACCCGGACAGUAAGCACGUUAUUCUUAAGGAAUACGAGGGUCUUGCCGCCUAUGUAAGACAAACAAAGAUGGAAGUUUGCCAGGGUAAGUGUUGACUACACUUUGGCUAAACGUAUAACGAUUAAG